AUGGCAUCUACCAGCACUUCAGGGACAUUGGGUCAAAUGGCUAAACCAGAGUACAGAAACUGGCUGGCACUCGGCCAUGCCUUGACAACGGUCCUGUGCCAGGGACUUCGUCCAUUUGUCAAGCAAGAGGUGGAGGCCUUGUCUAGAUAUGUAACGACAAGAGUACCCACACCUUGCACAUGUGUUUAUGUGCCAAGGAGGAGGCCAAAUGAGUACCACGACAUGCGUAAAUGUAUAGGGGCACAAGUCUUGGCCGCUUGUCAUCACAGAAUCAAACCAAACUGGAAACAAAGUGAUUCAGCCAAAUGGAUGGACCCAGUUCUUGGUCCGUGGGAGAUUGCAAAACUGUUCCUUCCUGAUCUGGGUGGACAUGCUAAUAUCAGGAGUGCAGACGACAUGGAUGUUAAUGGUAUCUUGAACUUAAUGUACUGGUGCAAUCAUUUCACCAUUCCUCAAUCCCUAAUCAAGGCUGUUCGAGAUAUAAGAAACGACAGAUGUGUUCACGUGCCGAAGCUUGAGUUAUCCGAUGCUGAUAAGACUGCCGCUUUUGAUGCUAUCGAAAACUUGCUAAAGGACCCUCAACUGGCUGCAGAUGAAGAGGCAAAGAAAGCUCUCAGAGAAGUUAUUAGUCUUAAAAGCAUUACAGACUUACAUAGUAGAGAGGCUCAGGUUUUGGUCGACUUAAAAGAAGAUAUACAUGAAAGGAUGUUGAGCUUGACCGAGGAGUCUGAAAGAAACCAAGAGUUGGUUACAGAGCUACAAGAAAGGCAGGAAAUUUUAGAGAUGGCUGUGGAGGAUCUGGAGCAAGAAAGCAAACCAUGGGGAGUGAGACUAAUAGAGUGGGUCUUGGACCUUAUGAUAUGUACUUUCGGAGUCCUUUUUGCGCUCUUAAAAGGUUUCCGGACAGAAAUUCUAUUUAUGUUCCUAUUUUCAGUGUUCUGUGCCGUUCUGGAUCAUGACACACUGAUUAAAGAUGGUAAGUUUAAAUUUAUGGAUUGCAUGUGCCGUAGUUUAUACUUUAAUGCUUUCAUAGAAUUCUUGACUCAAUGAAGAAGCCAUUUGUUGAGCCUUGGGAACCUUAUUCCAAUGUAUGACUGAGAUAUGGGAACAGUAUAGGCAGUUAGCUUUUUCGAUUCAAACUUCAGAACCAUGAUGUAAGGUAAACGUGUUGGGAAAUUGGCGAAAAAUAGAUUUUUACUCCUGUCUACGCCUCUCGUUAGUUUAUAAUUUAAGACUGAAAUCAGUCCACAGCUUGUCUCUUACUGGUAUCAUUUCAUUUUACUUAGGAUGUUCCAUUAAACGAUACGACGAUCGGUGGAGCCUGAAGCAUUUCGACUUUGAUGACUUUGCUACGACAUCCAGAGCAGAUUUUAUCGGAAGAAAGUGGUUAUAUCGUGAUAUGGAAGAGCUAAUGGAAAAUUCAAGUUACCGUGGCUUAUUGCUUGUUGGAAGCCCUGGUUCUGGUAAGACAGCUUUUGUCUCAAAUUUACUUUGUUCUAGAAGUGCAAGCCCACUCAUUCAUGAUAGAAUAGCUGGUUAUCACUUUUGUAUGUAUUCGGACAAAGGAACUCAAAAUGGGGCCAAAUUUGUGGAAAAUCUGGCGAACAUGAUUGCCUCAAACUUCGCAGAAUACGGCGAAAUUAUUUUGAGAAAUUCCCAUGUUCGUCGAGUGUUACAGAAGAGUUGUGCCCAAUCCCCAGAUUGGUGCUUUCAAGAAGGAGUCCUUACACCUCUGAAAAAGCUGCCAAACCCACCGAGAGAGACGUGGUAUAUUGUUAUUGAUGCCUUAGAUGAGUGUUCAGUCGAUGGCCAAGGAGAAAUUUUAAAGAUGCUGAAGUUCAAAUUGCGAAGCUUCCCUAAGUGGUUAAAACUGAUUACUACAUCGCGUAAUACAAGUUUUAUCACUUCGUUCAUGAAAAUACUAGAAUUGAAAUCUAAAGACCACAGAAACUUAGAAGAUCUUGAUAAUUAUUCAUCCCUUAAGAUAUACACUUUGAAAACUUCACUCUUAUACGGUUUAAAGGCUUACUUUUCAAUCAAGAAGAACAAUUCCCUUAAUCAACAAAUCGUUACCAGUCUUAAGGAAAGAGUUCAAGGUAAUUUCUUAUUUGCAAAGGUCCUAUUAGAUUGUCUUCUUGAAACACCGGAAAGAGUCAGUUGGACUGAGCAGGGCUUUCCAAAAACACUUGAUAACAUUUUCCAACUGAAUUUUGAACGCAAGUUUAGCUCACGCGAAUCAUUUCGCUCCUCACGAGAGAUUUUUGAAAUCCUGGUUGCCGCCUAUACACCACUAUCAGCUGAAGACAUAUACUAUGUCCUAAAACUUGACGAUCCCGACCUUGACUAUGAAUACGAUUUAAUGCCAAGACUUAAAGAAGUGUCACUGUUUCUUUGGGAUAGAUCAGAAAAGGGACUUGUUCGCAUUUAUCACUCUGCCUUGUCAGAGUGGCUGACCAGUGAAUCCAAUAAAGGAAACCUUUUUUACGUCAAGAAACAAAAAGGUCAUAGACGUCUUGCAGAAUAUUACCUUCAACAGUUAAAGAGAACAAUGAGAGCCUUGACACCGGCAAAAGCCUUUUAUUUGGCUCGCCACAUCGUAGAAGCAGGUUCAAAAAGGAAUCAAGUGGAUGAAUUUCAGUCGCUGCCUUCAGAUCUCGUCAACAGAUCAGAUGAAGUAAAAACCACUUCAUUACACUUAAGUUCACGUUUGGUGAAUCCAGAUAUUACUAAACUUUUAGUAACACAUUUUGAUGAUAUCGAUUGUCUGGAUAAUAACCACCGGACCCCCGCCUUCAUUGCUGCUACUGUUGGAAACCGUGAAAAUCUUAUCUUUCUUUAUACAAAAGGGGCAGACAUUAAUCAUACUGUCUCUUGUCCAGAUUUUAAGGCGCCAAUGGAAUUGCAAAAAGCUUUGCGAGAAUGUAAAAGAAGAGCGUGUGAAUAUUCAUUGUUGCACAUAGCUGCUCAGGAGGGAAAUGGGGAUGUCGUUGAAUUCCUGAUCGACCGUCAUGUGAAUACAUUGAAAACAACAGGCUGCAAUAACACGGCUGUCCAGUUGGCAGCCGCAAAUGGGCAUCUCGAGGUCGUUUUAGCUCUUAAAAAGGCUGGCGCUGUUUUAGAUGGAAUUUCCCUACAUCAUGCCGCUGCUAGAGAUCACCAUCACGUCGUGGAAUAUUUAUUAAAAGAAGGUGUUAGAGAUGUCUGCAUAGAUUUAAGUCCUUUCAUCGAGUUCUGCCCAGCAACGAAUAUUAAAGAUAUCAAGGUUCAUGUGUAUGACAACGAACACUUGAAAUUAGGCGAGACCGCGCUUCAUGUUGCAGCCAAGAAUAAUUACCCAUCUGUUAUCAAAACUCUGCUAGCUUAUCGUGAGGAGAGUGCCAUCAAUUGCUCGAAUGCGGCGGGAAGAUGGCCCUUACACGAGGCGGUUUACUAUAACAAUUAUAACGCACUGCAGGCGAUGCUUGCUGCGGGAGUAAAUAUUUCCGUACGUUGUAACUUACGCCCCAAAACGUCAUGCCUAACACAGAAGUGUUGCCCUUGUGAAUUUACCCCGCUUCAUAUUGCGGCCAAAUAUGGUUAUCACAGUGCUGCUCAACUACUAAUUACGGAGAAAGCAGACUUACAUAUAGAAGAUUGCAAUGGUUCGACCCCGCUUCAUAUUGCUUCCUGUCAUGGAAUGGUGUCAAUUAUUACCCUUCUCGUUAAAAGUGGAGGGGAUAUCAAUAGAAGAAGCUAUAACGGAUCAACUCCCUUUCAUAGCGCAGCUGCAUGCUUUGCGACAAGUGCCUUUUGGCUUUUGCUGGACCUUGGAAGUGAUUUCUUCGUGAAGGACAAUAAAGCUCUGACGGCAUUACAUUAUGUUGUAAAAGACAUAGAAGUUGUCGGUACAGUGUACUUUGGUGAUCUGUAUGUUAGAAAGCCAAAAGAUUGGAUCGAAGUUGGACCGAAAGAUGAAGAGCCAUGGGAGAGAGGCAAAUAUCAACGCUUUUGGCUGAAUGUAAUGAUUAAAAUGAGCAAGAGUUUCGUUGCUAAUAUGGUCGAAAGGGAGCUUUCCUAUUCCUUAAAUUCAAUCCUUUACUUGUAUUCUUCUGUCUUUUUCGAAACAGGGAAAAAAGCAGACGCUUCUUCUAUCUUAACUGGGAGCAAUGGAUUAGAUCAAAGUUCGCUGGUAACCAUAGCAACUCCAUUUGUAUAUUUCUAUGACGUAAUUUACCAAGCUCUCCUGAAGAGUGUUGUUUUUACAAUUAACAGACCUUAUGAGCGAAGUGUAGUUCCCAAACAGUUAACAAAAGCCAUAUCAAAAACGUUUACAAUAUUUUAUCCGAACGUACGUAACUGCACGAUUCUUACUAGUGCGGUAAGGGCCAAUAUGGCUCGCACGGUGAACACCGUUCUACAAGCAGGUGCGGAUGUUAACUGUAAAGAUCAGCAUGACAAAACUCCACUUUUAUCAUAUUUACACAGUGGCGGCCGUCACAUGUCGAAAGUCCUGGUAAAACAUGGAGCGAGAGUAAAUAUAUCGUGCGAAGAACCAUUUGAAAAAUCUACCCUACAUUUAAUAUCUUACCACAAGUUACAUUAUUUGCACUAUCUUCCUCAGUUCUUGCGUGGAGAUAAAAAGUGGUCUCAAUUCUUAUCAAAUGAAAACUUUUUAUUUGACUACUUUUUGAAUAAAUAUGAAGAGGAACAGAAAGAGGGACGCACGCGGACAGCCCACACUGGGGAUGGACCCCUGACCAGUGCAGUGAACUUGCAUCCUCGUGGAACUAAAAUUCUAAAUGAAUGCUUUGAUGCUGAAGGCUACAACGCCUUACACAGAGCAGCACAGGGUGCGAACGUGAUUGCUAUUGAGAAAUUCCUCUCCUUGGGAGCUGAUUCCACCCUAGAGAAUUCAGACGGAUAUUCUCCGUUAUGGCUUGCAGUGUUUUAUUCGGUUAAAUACACACCAUUUUUAAACUUACAUCGGAAAAAUGUUCUGGUGGAUUUAGAAGUGGAUCUCGCAUCAGAAUCUGCAUCUGUCAUUUUAGAGCAUGUGCUUCAAACUGACACAAUAGAUAUCGGCUGCAGAGGAAGUCAACUCGAUUUAACCAUAUACCAUAUCGCAGCUAUUCGAGGAAUGUGGCGAUUUAUAGCUCACUUACUUACAGAGAAGCGUGUGAAAGGAAUCGAUGUGAACUGCCCUAAUAAAGAUGGUAUAACUCCAAUGUAUCUCGCAAUGCUCGUUGGUGGCCUUAAUUGUACGUUGCGAAGCCCUUGGUGUAAGGUUGUGGAAAUAAUUCGCCAGCACGGCGGAAUACUUAAAAUUCCUACCCUUGAAGCUGAAUACUUUCUCAUAUUUGAUCUCUUUUUUGGAAUGAGUCCAAGUCCAAUGUACUCAGAGUUAGCGGAGGACGAAAUUGUUACACUUCAAGCCGAGGCUGAAAAUCAUGAAUGCAAGGGAUUUGAAUUGAACACCGACCUGUUUAAAUCGUCAGGGAAACUGGAUAAACUUUACCAUGACUUCUAUCAAAAACUGAAAAAGUGUUCGAGUGGCGAUGUGGAAUGUACAUCAGGGAUUGACAAGAAUUUGCCUCAGCUAGAACCCCUGAAGUUGGUUAUGCAAAAACAUCAGCGCUUUAAAUUGCGACACACGAUGAUCAGAAGUGACUUUGUUCGUUUUCUAGAAGUAGAAAAAAGUCGCGUGCACAUGUUUCUUCUUGAUUUUACCCAACCGCACGAAAGGGUGUCAUGCGAAGUUGUUAGAGAACGUCGACGAAUAUUAGGCAUUGCCGAUAGUACACACGAAAGCGAUGGUUGUUCGUGUUCCUGUAUAAGCGUUGACCGUGCUCUUCGAAUGUCCUACAGCGAUUUUAAAACAAGCUUUGAUCAGGUACAAAUGAUAUCUGAAAAAGCGAAAUCAUCUAUUUCUUCAAUAGGGAAGUCCCCUAGCGUUCUCUUGAAGAUAAAUCGCUCAUUGCGCAAGCUCGAUACCACGAUGAUGUGUGACUGGCAAGCAAUUGCAACGAAGUACUUGACAUUACACUUCCAAAUUCAGAACUUUAAACUUGGCACCCUGCAUGUGGAAGAGCAUUCAAGGGUCGUUAGUAUUACAGACUUUGCUUCAAUACGCAUGAAGAAAGUAUUUAUUGAUUUAUCUCCGGAGACACUGAAACUUGCUCUAAAGCUUGCGUCGCAGAAGUCUUCUUCAUUAUUUGAUGACCUUUAUUACCUCACGAAUUUAAAAUUCAGAAAGCCACCCCUUUGGAAAGGUACCUUUGAACAAUGGGAUCGAUAG